AUGGACGUGCGUUCUGUGAUUUUGAUGGUUGGUCUAUCCAUUGCUCUUCCAAUAGUCACUUUGGGAGCAUACGUCCGUCAUGAACAAUACGGAGAGGAGCUUCUGGACGCUAUGAGUGACGACGAGUCAGUUGAAGACUCGGACGAAGAUCGUGAUGCUGGUCAGAAUCGACGAUUUGGUAGCUACUCCGAUCUCCAGAACGGCGCUCUCUAUACGCACUGGGGAAGUAACACUUGCUCUGAGGCCUCACAUCUAGUCUACAGUGGAUUCGUGGGAGGUACGUGGUACACAGUUAAAGGAGGCGCUGCGCAGUAUUUGUGCAUGCCGAUGGAGCCAGAAUACAGCGAGUACAUCCCUAAAACUCAAUCAAACUCUAUUCUCCAAACCGCCGAACUACAGACGCCAUCUAAGUCGAUUCCUGAGUUCCAUAGUCAGUAUCAGAAUACACCAGUAUGUGCCUUGUGUCAAGCGUAUGGUCGGUCCUCGCAGUUCAUGUUCCCUGCUCGUUUGACCUGUCCCGCUGGUUGGACCAAAGAGUAUGAUGGGUACUUGAUGACGGCAAAGUACGAUCACCAGCGUACAGAGUACAUCUGUAUGGACAAACAGCCAGAGGUUAUGGAGGGCACCAGCAAGAAUGUCAACGGCGCUCUGUUGUAUUUCGUUGAAACCAACUCCAAAACUCACGUUCCGGAUACAUACGUCGGCGAGAAGGAGUUGACCUGCUCAGUCUGUUCAAGGUAA